AUGACGGAGCAGGUUUCUUGUUUCAAUCCAUCUCUAAGUGAUGCUAGUUUUGCUUUAUCUUGUGAAAAUGUUCUUUCUAAACUGGUUCGUCCGGAUCAAUCAACUAUUGAUGGAAUUCUCAAGCAUGAUUCUCCUGAAAAAGCAGAUAUUGUUUUACCUGAUGGACGAAAAUUUCUAUGGUAUUUUGCUAUUGGUAGUAUGAUAAAUCCUAUUUCACUUUAUCUUCGUAAUAUAAUACCGUUAAUCUCCUAUCCAGCAAAAUGUCAAAAUCAUAGAAUUCUUUUUCGAGCACCGAAUGGAAUGGCUGAUAUUGAAGAAUGUCUUGAAGCUGAAUUUCAUGGAGUUGUUCAUCUUCUUUCUGACGAACAAAUGAAUUGUUUAGAUGCAAUUGAACUUCUCUAUCAUCGAAUUAUUGUUAAUUCAAUUAAUUAUCAAGAACAAAAUCAUCUUGUUUAUAUGUAUAAAAUGAAUAUAGAUAAUCAACCUAAAUCUCUUCCAAGUGAACGUUAUUUAGAUAUUAUAAUAAAAGGUUGUGAAUAUUAUAAAGUUCAACCAGAAUAUAUAAAUCGAUUAAAAUAUGAACAAGCAGUGAUACCACGAAAACAACCUCAUACAUUUCAAUCAUUUACAAAUAUUCCUGAGAAUGUAUUUUAUUCUGCAGAAGAAUUUGCACGACAUGAUGGAAAGGAUCCUACACUACCAUUAUGGUUAUGUGUCAAUGGAAAAAUCUUGGAAUAUAGUGGACUACCACCGGUUGAUCAUCCUGAAUAUGAACUUCAAAAACGAACUUAUGCAUUUCUUACAUCAAGACUUGGCGGACAGGAAGUAACGUAUGUCAUGGCUAGAACUUUGUAUGAACCUUUGUAUGUAAUAUCAUCAAAUGACAAUGAUUUAUGUGUACAACAUCGAGCAGAAAUUGAAGAUGAAUUUUAUCGUAGAAUUAGUAAUAAUCAAAAUAAAAACUAUUGGAAACCAAUAGGACGUCUGUGUCUAUCAAAUAGUGCAUUAUAG